CCCCUCCCCCUCCUGUCAGCCCUGUCUCCUGGUUAAUCCGUCUCUCGGUCUGCAGUCAUCAUGGCGGAAAUCAAAACGGGAAUCUUCGCGAAAAACGUGCAGAAACGGUUGAACCGCGCGCAGGAGAAGGUGCUGCAGAAACUGGGAAAAGCUGACGAGACCAAAGAUGAGCAGUUUGAGCAAGUGGUCAUCAAUUUCAGGAGACAGGAGUCUGAAGGCUCUCGGCUGCAGAGGGAGAUGAAGGCCUACAUGUCCGCCAUUAAAGGGAUGCAGCAGGCCUCCAUCAACCUGACUCAGUCUCUGCAUGAAGUCUACGAACCGGACUGGCACGGAAAAGAUGACGUCAUGGUCAUUGGGAAGGACUGUGAUGCAUUGUGGGAGGACUUUCAUAACAAGCUGGUGGACUCGACGCUGCUGGACCUUGACGCGUACCUGCAGCAGUUUCCAGACCUCAAAACUCGUGUGGCCAAAAGAAGUCGGAAACUCAUCGACUACGACAGCGCUCGUCAUCAUGUGGAGACUCUGCAGAUGUCAGGGAUGAAGAACGACCGUAAGAUAACAAAGGUGAGCUUGGUGAUCUGUGAUGAAACAUGGAUUUCAUACAGCAGUUGUUAUCUGUGGUGCGUUCAGGUGCUGCGUGGAGGUCAGUUUGUUAAUCAGACUUGUUUCUGUUUGAAGGCAGAGGAAGAGUUGAAAAAGGCUCAGAAAGUGUUUGAUGAGUUGAACGUUGGUCUACAGGACGAACUGCCGACUCUGUGGGACAGCCGUGUCGGCUUCUACAUCACCACUUUUAAGAGUGUGACGCACCUGGAGACCAAAUUCCACCGUGAGAUUUCCCUGGUUUGUCGGCAGCUGUACGAAGUGAUGACCAAACUGAGUGAGCAGCACUCUGACAAAAUGUUCACCAUCCAAGGAGCGCCGAGUGAUUCAGGACCACUGCGACUAGCCAGAACUCCUUCGCCACCAGAGGACGAGAGUCCACCUGACAGUCCAGACUUCAGCUCCAAUCACAUGCUGCGCCCUGUCUCACCUGGACCACCACGGCCCAAAUCUCCUACACAGCUUAAAAAGGGGCCGCCGGUGCCUCCACCACCAAAGGUCACACCUACCAAAGAGGUGGCGGAGGAGCAGAUCAUUGACCUGUUUGGAGGAGAAUUUUUACCGGCACCUUCACCAUCACAGCCCAAUGAACGGCCAGGAGAAUCACUUCUUGACCUGGACUUUGAUGCUUUUCAACCGGAUGACAGUGUUUCGCCGAUACCACAGACAGCUGUUCCUUGGGAUAUGUGGUCGGCAAACACACAAACAGCUGAGCCUGCUGCAGAUGCUGGCUUCGUCGCUGACUGGUCCGCUGACUUUGGUUCAUUGUCAGCAAACGGAGAUGCUGCUUCAGGAGCCGAGGCCCCUGCUGUAGGGCUGGAGAGGGCACAGGGCGGGGCACAGGGUGGGGCUCAGGGCAGGCCCCAGGCAGAUGACUGGCAGCCAGGUGCAGACACAGCUACUACACAUCCUCAGGACAGUGAGCCAACCACAGCAGCUCAAGAUGAGGUUAGCAGCUGGAACUCUCAAAGUAACCCCGACCUUCAUCCCUCUGCAGUCAGAGGAGAUGAAGAUGAGACAAGACAUGCAGAUUCCGUGGGAGAUACAGCAGGGCAGGAAGACCGCAGGAAGUCUACCCCAGGUCUUAUAUUCACCAAUGAGUACGGUGAACAGAUUGAGGACAGCACAGAGGACAGAGUAGACAAGUGGUCCAGGUCUCCAGAUGGGUCUGGGUCUGAAUAUGAGACUGCUGAGGAGUGGGGUGAUGGAGGUCAGGGUGGAGGCUGGGCAAGUGCAGAUGAUGAACUUUCUUAUGAAGAUAGUUCUCCAGUGAAUGUCUCAGAGGGAUGGGGAUCUGAAAACAAUGGUGUAGCAGCAGAUUGGUAUCAGAUGGUAGGAAACAUUUCCCCAGAGAGCAAUGCAGCAGACAGGAAGUGUUCAGGUGAAGAAAAGCCAACAGGAAACCAAACUGAUGUCACAUCAAGUUGCAGAAAAUAUUCUGAAAGUCGAGGGGAAGGACACAAAAGCAUUUUUAAAUCUGAAACACAGGGAGGAGGUGUGUUUGAUUCAGUGACCUCAGCUGAAACACAAGGAGCAGGUGCAUUUGAUUCAGUGACCUCAGCUGAAACACAGGGAGGAGGUACGUUUGAUUUAGAUCCUUUUGCUGAAACACAGGGGGGAGGUGCGUUUGAUUUAGAUCCUUUUGCUGAAACACAGGAAGGAGGUGCGUUUGAUUCAGAUCCUUUUGUUGAAGCACAGGAAGGAGGUGCGUUUGAUUCAGUUCCCUCAGCUGAAACACAGGGAGGAGGUGUGUUUGAUUCAGAUCCUUUUGCUGAAACACAGAGAGGAGGUGUGUUUGAUUCAGAUCCUUUUGCUGAAGAACAGGGAGGAGGUGCGUUUGAUUCAGAUCCUUUUGCUGAAACACAGGAAGGAGGUGCGUUUGAUUCAGUUCCCUCAGCUGAAACACAGGGAGGAGGUGCGUUUGAUUCAGAUCCUUUUGCUGAAGCACAGGGAGGAGGUGCAUUUGAUUCAGUUCCCUCAGCUGAAACACAGGGAGGAGGUGCGUUUGAUUCAGAUCCUUUUGCUGAAACACAGGAAGGAGGUGCAUUUGAUUCAGAUCCUUUUGCUGAAACACAGGUAGGAGGUGCGUUUGAUUCAGUUCCCUCAGCUGAAACACAGGGAGGAGGUGCGUUUGAUUCAGAUCCUUUUGCUGAAACACAGGAAGGAGGUGCGUUUGAUUCAGUUCCCUCAGCUGAAACACAGGGAGGAGGUGCGUUUGAUUCAGAUCCUUUUGCUGAAACACAGGGAGGAGGUGCAUUUGAUUCAGUUCCCUCAGCUGAAACACAGGGAGGAGGUGCGUUUGAUUCAGAUCCUUUUGCUGAAGCACAGGGAGGAGGUGCGUUUGAUUUAGUUCCCUCAGCUGAAAGACAGGGAGGAGACAAGGGGGGUGGUUUUGAAUUUGAGCCAUUUACUGAGACCUCAGGAGAAGAUAGAGUUGGGUCCGCUGUGAAUGCGAGAGGUGGGUGGGACACAGACUUGUUUGCCAGCAGUUUUCCAGAGGCCUUUGCAGGGACUGAAGGUAGUCACAGCAGUGGCUUCGACUCUUCUGUCACCCAACAAAACUCGGCAUCUGCUGCUGUGUCUGGAACGGCAGAAGCAAUCAAAGAUGUAAAUGUUACCAGAAUUCAUAAAGAACCAGAAAAUUCAGACAUGUCCGAAGAUGAAGCUGCAAACCGGAGAUUUGGAAAGUUGUACCAAGAGCUAGAUACAGAAAAGGAAGAGGUGACCAAUACAUUUAAUGGAUUCUCGCAGGAUGCCACUGUCCCAUCAUUUUUUGCUGAUUUUGAUAAGAUGAACGAAGUGACUGCUGAAACAACUGAGGCUCCAGAAGCCUUGGACACAGAAGUUUCUGAAGAACAAGACAAACCUGCAGCUCUCCCUGCUGGUGAGGAACCCACAGCUUCCUCUGCUGGUGAGGAACCCACAGCUUCCUCUGUUGGUGAGGAACCUACAGCUUCCCCUGCUGGUGAGGAACCUACAGCUCUCUCUGCUGGAGACGAGGAGGAGGAGGAACCUAAAGCUGGUGCUGAACCUCCAAGUUCUCCUGCUGGAAAACAGAUCGAAGAACCUCCAGGUCUGUCGGUUGGUGAUCAAGAUACAGGAAGUUCUGUCAGCGUGACAGAGAAGAAAUCUGAUUUGACUGUUGGAUCUCCCGGAACUGAGAAGGCGGAGCUUGGUGAGAUUCCUCCUGUGGAUGAAGCAAAACCAUCUCCAGAUGAAGCAGCUCCAUCGGAAAAGAUGCCAAUCCCCUCUGUUGUGAUUGAGCCUGCCUCCAGUAAUGAAGGCGAUGAUGACCGUGAUGCUGACAUCAUCUCUCCCACUGCCAUCAGUGACAACGGUGUGACAGCUGGAAACCAGCCUAUCAAACACAUGAGUCCAAGUGGUGGAGUGUCGGGACUUCCUGAUGAUUUCCUGUACAAGGUGGAGACAAUGCACGACUUUGAGGCUGCGAAUUCAGAUGAGCUCGAGCUGAAAAGAGGUGAUAUAGUGUUGGUGGUUCCUACAGCUUCAGUAGAGGAUCAGGAUGCCGGUUGGCUGACAGGGAUCAAAGAAAGUGACUGGUUAACACUCGGAGCUGGUGCUCACAAAGGACUGUUCCCAGAAAACUUCACUCAGCGUUUGGAGUAAGAACUGUAUGCAGCUGAGUAGAGGUUCAAGACAUUGUUGUCCAAGCUGCCCUGUCAGCAUGUAGCCAGCCCCAGAAAAAAACCCUUUUAACCUGCUGCAGCUGUCUGCUGGACAAGUUACGGCUUUCUGUGGUAGAUGAAACUUCACAAAGUCACACUUAAUAAGUACUACUAUUUCCAGGACAACUGAAGAUUAUAAGCAUGAUGUUAAGAGUGUGGUCUAUCCUCCUCUGGAAUUAAAAUGUUUUUUGUUUUUGUUUGUUUUUUUGCUGUUGAAAGAAAGACACAAACAUGUAUGAUGUAUUUAUUGGGAAUGUUGCAAUCUCAACAUGUUCACGCCUACAAAAAGCAGAAAAAAAUGUUUCAGAAGAAAAAAAGAACUGUACCUUCUUUGCACCGAGUGUGUUGUACUGAUUUUGUUGCUCUGCUGUGGAAUAUAUCAGAAUCUGUAGUGCUGUGAUCUAUUUAAUGUUACUGAGUGUUUCAUGAAACUCCUGAUUUUUCUUUCCAGAUGUUAUGACUGUUUUCUUUGAAUCACUGUUAGUGUAUUUCUGUAACAUCAUGGUUAAUUGUGUGGUUUGUGUGUGUGUGUGUGUGUGUGUGUGUGUGUGUGUGUGUGUGUGUGUGGUGAUCUUUUCUUUGGUACAUGUGGUGAUGAUUUAAGUCACUGAUGAGUGUUUCUGUGUUUUUGCCAAAAUAAUAUUGAUAUUUGUCAUUUGAGCAUUGGCAAACGAACCAGUGCACAUUCCGAAUGAUAAUCUUUAAUAUUUUAUGAAAAUGAGUAUUUGAAGAUAAAAAGUCUAAAGAUUCUGCCCACUAUUGCAAAUGUCAUUGUAUAGCUGUAGAAGUCACGUCUAAUGAAGAAUUAUAUUUGCAAGAAACAGAGUCAAGUAGAAGACAUUUUAAUGUCUUCAGCUAUUUUAAGUAUAUUAUCACAGGGAAGGUGUCAACAAAUGCAAUAUACAAUCUAUGUCAUCAGUAAAUUUCAGGUCUCCAUAUUCCAGCAGUUCUGUAGAUCAACAAAAGUUGAUGUCACUUCCUUUGACAGUGAAAUGAAAUCUUAAUGUAGACAUUUUUGUGAUGUACAUACCAUAAACAUUUAUGUCAAUAUCAAUAAAGACUUAAUAGUGAAAAAAUU